GCAUAAAGCAGCCAGUCCUGGUCAGACUCAACCUAUAGACAGAACAAGCUGAUUCCUCCGCACACACCCAGCUGCCGGACAGGACUCAGCAUCACUCCCUCCCUGAGACAAUGACUAUGUUUGAGAAUGUCACCCGGGCCCUGGCUAGACAGCUGAACCCUCGAGGGGAUCUGACACCCCUAGACAGCCUCAUCGACUUCAAACGCUUCCAUCCCUUCUGCCUGGUGUUGAGGAAGAGGAAGAGCACACUGUUCUGGGGAGCCCGCUAUGUCCGCACUGACUACACUCUCUUGGAUGUGCUGGAGCCUGGCAGUUCUCCCUCAGAUCCAACAGACAGUGGGAGCUUUGGUUUUAAGAAUAUGCUGGAUGCCCGAGUAGAGGGAGAUGUGGACGUGCCGAAGACGGUGAAGGUAAAGGGGACCGCGGGCCUGUCACGAAGCAGCACACUAGAGGUGCAGACGCUCAGUGUGGCUCCCACAGCUCUGGAGAACUUGCACAAGGAGAGGAAACUGUCAGCAGACCACCCGUUCCUGAAGGAGAUGCGGGAACGUGGGGAAAACCUGUACGUGGUGAUGGAGGUGGUAGAAACCGUGCAGGAGGUCACUCUGGAGCGAGCUGGCAAGGCAGAGGGCUGCUUCUCUCUCCCCUUCUUUGCCCCACUGGGACUACAGGGAUCCGUGAACCACAAGGAGGCUGUAACCAUCCCCAAGGGCUGUGUCCUGGCCUAUCGAGUGAGACAACUGAUGGUCAAUGGGAAAGAUGAGUGGGAGAUUCCACACAUUUGCAAUGACAGCAUGCAAACCUUCCCUCCUGGAGAAGAGCCAGGAGAAAGGAAGCUCAUAUUGAUCCAGGCAUCUGAUGUUGGGGAGAUGCACGAAGACUUCAAGACAUUAAAGGAAGAGGUUCAGCGAGAGACUCAAGAAGUGAAGAAGUUGAGUCCUGUGGGGCGAAGCUCCCUACUCACUUCCCUCAGCCAUCUCCUAGGAAAGAAAAAAGAGCUCCAGGACCUUGAGCAGACACUUGCAGGGGCUCUAGACAAAGGGCACAAAGUGACCCUGGAAGCACUCCCCAAAGAUGUCCUGCUGUCAAAGGAUGCUAUGGACGCCAUCCUCUACUUCCUUGGUGCUCUGACAGUGUUAAGUGAAGCCCAACAGAAGCUUCUAGUAAAAUCCUUGGAGAAAAAGAUCCUUCCAGUGCAACUAAAGCUGGUUGAAAGUACCAUGGAGCAGAACUUCCUGCAAGAUAAAGAGGGUGUUUUCCCCCUGCAGCCUGAUCUGCUCUCCUCCCUCGGGGAGGAGGAACUGAUUCUAACGGAAGCACUGGUGGGGCUAAGCGGCCUGGAAGUCCAGAGAUCAGGCCCACAGUACACAUGGGAUCCAGACACUCUCCCAGACCUCUGUGCCCUCUAUGCUGGUCUCUCCCUCCUUCAGCUGCUAAGCAAGGAUUCCUAAUGCACCUUCUCUGACUGCUUCCCUAAUGCCUUCUCAGCCUUACUGCGCUCUGCUCUAUCCGUAACACUCCAAGACACUACAGAGCCUCCAGGCUGAGGACACCUGAAAUGCCAGCUCAUCCACGGUCACCAAGUUCCUUCUGCCUCACCAUCUAUCUAUCGCCUUCUAUCCUCCAGCUCACCACCCAGUAAGCCCAUCCCCUGAUGCUUAAAUCCUGAAGAUACAGAAUCAUUCAAACCCUUACAACUUUGAGUCACUUCAUUAUGGGAUGCAGGGCCUGGAGUGGUGAUGGUGGUGGUGGUAUACAACUUUAAUCCCAGCACUCCUGAGGCAGAGGCAGGUGAAUCUCUUAAGUUCGAGGCCAGUCUGUUCUAAGAGUAAGUUCCAGGACAGCUAGGGCCAUACAAGACAACCCUGUUUUGAAAACAACGACAACAACAAUAAAACCCACAUUUAUUUCCUAGCCUAAUCCUUCCGAUGUGUGCCUCCAAAAAAAAAAAAAAAACACUGACCUUACAAGAAUGAAUGGAAAUGUUAGAUCAAUCCUAGGACAAGCUGUCUUCUAGUUUUUCUGUAAAGGGAAUCGGUCAUAUGUCCCAGGUAAAGAAACAGACAUUAUCCACAUGUACAUGUUCCUGCUCACACUGUUCCACGGGCCAGCUGGAAAAUGCUCCAAGAAUUCAGAGGGUUAGAAUUCAGAAUGUCUGCUUUACAUUGAGAAGCUCAUCCAAGCGGUGUGGCUUCACCAAAGAGCCCAUGUUCUCCAGCCCUGGUUGAAGGCUUGGGAGGGGGAAAGAAAGGUCUUGUGGACUAUGAUACAAGCAUAAAACAAAACAAUAAAAUUACAAGUUGAUUAA